AUGGCGCUUUACAUCAAACCGCCGAUCGGAAACGUCUCUUUCCAUAAAUUAUGUGAAUUUGUUAAAAAGCGAUUUCUGUUCUUGCAGUUUAUUAGAGGUAGAACAUAUGACGAAAUAAGGAUUGGUAUCGAAUGUGAAAAUUUGACUGAAUCAUCAGAAUGUCUUAUUGAAGGAACUGCAAAAGAUAAAAUUUCACAUUUCUUACUUCGGUUCCUAUGCGCAUCUGAUUUCGAGAUGCAAACAUUUUUCAUACAAAGUGAAACAGAAUUUUUUGCAUAUCGUUUACAGUUUUAUGAUCUGUGUAAAAUAAAGCAAAUCCUCUGCAAUGCUUCUAAGCAAAGUAGAUAUAUUCUUCAGAAUAGCCAGCAUAUUAUAACUGCUUAUAAGUCUGUGUUAAAGUCUUUAAUUGUUGUUACAGAAAGUCUUAAUUUUGCUCUUGAAAACAAAUAUGGACAUUUCAAAGUGCCAUUUACAUCAGCCUUAAAAUUUGUGAGAGAACGUUCUUAUCCUCUUAAUUUGGGUUAUAUUUCUGUGCCCCUAAAAGGAAUAAAAGUUCUUCUUGCCUCAUUGUUUGAAGAAAUUUUAAUGCAAGGUGUUAAUCAAAUGAGAAGUUCUCUUUGCAUGCAGGAAUUGAAAGAUCCACGACUAAAUUACUUGCAACAACAGAUUAAGGCAUGGUUUUACUCCUGUAUUAAUAUUCCAACCUUAGUUCUAUUAAAUAAACAUGUAAUUCUAGAGGAAUGCCUAAAUACUGAAAGCAAGAAUUUUCCUUUAUGUAUGGAAAAUUUGCACGUUAUAUUGCGGAAGUUCCAUAGAUUGAAACAUUUUUGUAGGAUUCAAUAUACCCUUUUCUUGAAAGAAAUUGGUAUGCCAUGUCAUGAAGUAGUGACUUUGUUUAUGAAAGAAUAUUCUCUGCCUAGUGAUAAUUGUGAGGGUAAAGGCAGCAUAUGCAGUCACUCCUGGAGAGAUAGCAAAACUCGAUACAUAUAUAGUAUAGAACAUCUUUAUGGAAAGAGGGGAUCUGGAAAAAAUUAUAAAGCUCAUAGUUGCAAUGCACUUCAGUCUCACCAAAGUAUUUGUGUUAAUGAAGGUGGAUGUCCUUUUAAAACAUUUGAUUCUAAAUAUCUUGAAAAUGUUUUAAAGGCUAUUAAUUUUGAGGUUGAAGAUAUUGAAGAUAUAAAGUCAUUAACAAAGAAAAAGAAGUUCAAAGAAGCUUGUUGUAUAUCACUUUUAAAAAAGAUGAGCAUGUCUGUGCAUGAACUCAUAACUAUCGGAAAUACUACAGAAGGUAAUGCUUUGGUCAAAGAUGCGAUGGAAAGUAGUCUUGAUAUUUCAAAGUGGUUUGAAAGUAUUUCUCUGCAAAAUUUAUCAAGUGAUUCUUAUUCUGUUAAUAAAAAUUUUAUACAGGAACCUGAGUUCCUAACCAAAUUAUCAUCUGUAUUAAUGAGCCCAUCUGAUUUCUAUUUUAUUUUGUCCAGUUUUAAAACAAAGAAAGAGAAAUCUGUUUUCUAAAUUAUUUUUCCAUAUUAUCAUUGAUCUGAACUUUUUGACAGGAAAACUCUUGUAUCUUUCCCAAAAUGCUAAAUCCAUGAAUUAUGUCUCAUUACAAAAUGUUAUUUUCAUCAUAUGUUUGAUGUGUAAUGUAGCUACUGUUGACUUAUUUCCUUGUGUUUAGUGAAUUUAAAGAAAGCAUUUGUUUUUCUUUAUACUAUUUUUUAAGUAUGUUCUUUAGCUUUUGCAAGUAAAAUAUGAAGCAACAUUCUGGUGAAAAAUCCACUAAAUUUGCAGUUUGAUUAUUUUCCGUUUUCAACACUGCUUUAGUUCUUAACGUAUUGAACAGAUGAGGUGAUAAAUCAUAUUUCUGUUCACUACUGUGAUUAACCCUCUGAGCGGCACAAGAUUUUGGAUCCAUCAUGAAGACUUGUAUUUAAACAGCAUUUAUUAAUUGAGUUUUUAUAAUUACUUAUUUUAGUCUGUAUUUUCGUAAACUUACAUUCAUUAAAAUGAUAUUUACAUUAUUAAAGAAAGUAAGAAAGCAAAAUAUAUUUAAUAAGCUAAUAUAUGCCAAGUAGCAAAACUUCUGAUGACCAUAUAAAGCCAGUCAUAAUGCUCAGAGGGUUAAAAAAAAACAGAGAUUGUAUUUUGCUUGAAAGUUUGUUUGGAAAGCUAAAUUAACUUCUUCAAAUUUCUUACUUGCAGUGCUUUUUAAGAAGCAUCUUUGAAUUAUGACAAAAAAUAUGUGAACAACUCUGUAAUACUUUUGGUCCAACAGUGGCCGUGCGGUAAAGUCACUGAACAUUAGUUUUGUCCAGGGCUCAUAACUUGAUGAAUGGGCUGGCAGCAUGAACAUUUUUGUGGUUUUCCCCAUGUGUAAUGUGUAUACAAGCCAGUUUCUCUUAGAAAGUCCUCCAUGAAGGCAUCCCUGUUCCUAGGUAGUACUCGAAUGCUUUGCCAUAACUAAAUAAACAUUAAGCCAAAAUAUAAUACAUCCAUCUUGUAUGAAAUAAAAUUCAUUCUACUUUCAGAAUGAUGAAUGACUGGCUGCCCUUUUGAUAAAUGAAUGUAAUUUUGAAAUUUAGGUUUAUAAAAAUAGUAGUGAUACAUUUUCUAAGCACUGAAUUGCAAUGUAGAAUGGAGACAAAAUAUACAGAUCAUUGUUUCUCUUAAUUAACCUAGAAGUGAUAUCAUAACACUGGUUUGUAUAGAUUACCUUUCUUACUUCUGUAAUCAUGACUGUUAUGAGAUUAAAUUUAUGAAUAAGCUUGAAACAGAUAUUUGGAGAUAAGAAUAAAAUAUACAAUCCUGUCUUCAAAAAGCUCAUGGAAAAUGUAGGGAAAUUCUGUUUGAAAUGUUACCAAUUGUUACAUAGGAACCUUCAAAUAGUAUAUCACAAUACAUACACUUGCUCCAUUGCUUCUGACAUUCCUGGAAUUAUUGGAAGAAUGCCAUUUUUAAUGUAUACCAUAGAUUGACCAUCACAUCAAUUGAAUUUCUGAAAAUACUGAUGCUGUGGAACCAUGUUGAUAAGUGAGAACAGCAAGAUAAGAGAAUGAGAAAUGUAGAUGGUUGUGGCGUGAAAGGAAUCUGUUUUUUUAUCAAAAAACCCAGAUAGCUUUGCUCAAAGGGUGACAUGACACUGAGCAAUUGAUAGCUACUUUAACUUUGGGCUAGAACACUAACUAUUUGGUGUAGAACACUAAAUAUUUGAUCUUGAUGGUGUAACUUCAUGCGUUUCUUCUGUACUUAGUAUGUUAAUGGUUUCUAACAGAAAACUUAAAGCAUUGCAAGUUUCACACCAAUUAUUUUCUUUAAAGUAUUUUGAAGGCAGCAUUAUCAAGAAAUUUAUAUUUAAAAUUUUCCCAAAUUAUCAGCAAAAAGGGGGGUUGAUUGUGUGUAUGUUGUCUGGAAUCAAAUAGACUGGGACUGUGAUAUAAAAAAAUCGGUGAUUUUCUUGUGCUGAUAGUUACUAGCAGGCACUAGUGGCUUACUAAGACUAAAUAUUCCUCAUAUAUAAUGUUAACUUUAUCUUCAACAAAGUGCACUGAAAUUCAACUAUCCAUUAAUGCGAGUCAAAAGUUCAAAAUGCAAUCACUUUUGUUAAUUAUAUCAGAUUCUGUAAAUUAAAACAAAUACUGAAAUAAAAAAUGCCAAACAAAUUCACUUCUUAUAAUGUAUUGAUGAUACCAAAGAGCAUGUAACUUGUUAUGAAAAUGCAAAAAUAAUAAAUAAUAAUAAGUAGAACCUCAUUCUGGUUGGAUUCAUUUUAUUCGGGGUAGAAUCACUAAUACACUAAAAUCAUAGUUAUUUUAACUGCUUUAGAUUGCUCUUUGUGCUUCGUAUUAUAUUGGUGCUCAUAGGUGUUAUGCUUAUUACAUAACAUGCAUGUUUCCAAAGAAUGUUAUCUAUGAUAUAAUAUAUGAUCUUAUUUCAAGUAGUGGGUCACUGAUCUUAAAUAAGCAUUUAUAGUUAGAUUAAUUUCUUGGCAGCCAAAUAGGUAGAAUUUGGGGGGGGGUAUUCUUUGUGAUUUAUCUAACUUUGUAACUGCAAAACCUAAAAAGCUAAGUAAAGAUAGUCAUUGUGAGUCUUAUAAAAAAUAUUUUGCUUUAAGAAAUCUUAUUUAGUAAAUAAAGGCAUGUGUUGUUAAGCUGCAUAUUUUAUUACAGUAAAGAAAUUUUCUGUGGUCAUACUACACUCUGACUUGAAUACUGGAUAAGUCUUAUGCUUAACAUGUAAACAGUUAUACAGUACUGAAAUUCUUUUUGCGAUCAGUAAUUUAUGUAUUUUAUAAACCAUUUGUUUAUGCUAAAGACAAUUGUUUUAUUUAUGUUCUUGCAAAAGUAAUGCAUAUGUGCAUCUGAGAACUUCCGAGUAUUUAACUGGGACUUAAUUGCCGACCAAGAAUUUUGAAGUCUUUUUAUACUUUGAGUUUGAUGUAUAUGUGUAUUUUUAUAUAUAUCUUAUUUGUUCUAGCUAAUAUUAAAAUUGUAAAUACUUUUCAAUGAGCUUUGAAAAUUCUUAUGACAAAAUUUUAUUGCUGUUUCUUUUUUUUUUUUUUUUUUUUUUUUUUUUUGUAUUUUAUUACUAUAUUGAUAAUUAUUUUAAUCACUUUGCACUUGUUCUCACUUCAUUUAAAUUCUAAAAAUAAAUGAAAAUCCUGUCUGUGAUCUUCACCAUGUGUAACAUGAUUACAAUCUUUUAGAAAGUGUUUUAUGAGGGCAUUUUUGUCCUUACAGAUAGCCAUUGCAUGCUGUGCCUUAAUUUAAAUGAACCAAUGCUGUUUUGAUGUUUUUCAACCUUCAGUUUUUAAAAGAUUUUUAAAAGGAUGAAAGAGCAUUUAUGCUCUAAAAUAUUACUGUAUCUGCCUUUGUGUUCAUACUAUUUGGUAAUAAAUAGGUUUUAAAAUUUAUUUGAAAAAAUAUAAGAGAGAGUUAGUGGAAGAUAUUUUUAUUGAACUUAACAAAAAUUUUGAUCAGACUUACAUUUUGUAAGAAAAGUUGAAAUAUUAUGCUGGUCAUGUAUAUGAACGAAAAAAUAUAUUUAUUAAACUGACUUUCCUUUAAUACAA